AGACCAAGGAAAUCACCGCAAACAGUUGAACUAAUAUAAUAUUUUGUGAUGAUGCAAGUUGUACGUUAACCAGAUGUGUAGAUGGCUAGAUGCGUAUAUGACUUACUGUUGAUAUUAAUUUAAUACAAUUACUUAUGACACUAUGAUGUUGUAACGUUAUCAACAGAAGAUCAACGUUAAAAAAGCACACAGCACCACAACAGGCAUUAUAGAAGGUCCAUUAUCCUCAGCGUAAGCCCUCGCCUUACACCGCGGACCUAUCAGCAAGUUCCACAUUCCAAGAUGGCGGGCGAAGUGUAUUUGCUGUGGCUUUUGCCACUCUUACAAACGAUCGCGGCCUACGGCGCGGAGUUCUCCUCGGAGGUGUGCAGGGAGGUGGGCUUCUCCUCCAACCUCCUCUGCAGCUCCUGCGACCUCCUGGGCCAGUUCAGCCUGGCGGAGCUCGACCCCAACUGCAGGCAGUGCUGCCAGGAGGAGGCACAGCUAGAGUCCAGGAAGCACUACCCUGGUGCCAUCCUGGAGGUAUGUGGAUGAAAAUUGGGGAGGUUCCCUCAAGUCCAAGCUUUUGUCAGGAGUGACAAGCCAAAGAUGUUCAGAGGUCUUCAGAUCAAGUACGUCCGCGGCUCUGACCCCGUGCUGAAGCUCCUGGACGAUAACGGGAACAUCGCUGACGAGCUCAGCAUCCUCAAGUGGAACACCGACAGCGUGGAGGAAUUCCUGGGCGAGAAACUCGAGCGCAUUUAAACAACCAAUUCCGGCACUUUCUCUACUCCAUCUGUCCACCAUUUUGGAGAUUACUGAUACCGAGCCAUAUCAACAGGGCCUUUAAUGUUUGCUAUUCUUGCUGUUUAAAACAUCAGUUUUUUUGUUCGUUUUUUUUGUUUUUUUAUAUUUUUUGGUUCAAGUAAAUUUUGUUGAUCAAAAUCUCUUCACAGUCACUGGCCUCGAUUAGCCCUGAAAAACAAAGUCUUUCUGCAGUAGUUCUGUACCGUUUCUCACAUUUUGUAAUAAUGUCUAGUGUACCUUUGUGGCGUUGUGUGGGGUUGGGCCGGGGGGUCUCGCCGGGCCCCGCGUGUGCUGUAGGGCCUGCAGGGGCCGCACGUUUGUGAGGGCCUCUCAGUAAACCUGCUCUGGGAUGGGAGGCCUGAUGUUCCCGUGCGCUCUCUGUGGCCCUACGCCCCGCUGGGGACUCG